AUGUUAGACAACAGCCCUCCAGACCGACAAUGGUGGAAAGAAGCAGUUGUCUACCAAAUCUAUCCAGCAAGCUUCCUCGACUCAAAUGCUGAUGGGCUGGGCGACCUGCCUGGCAUCAUCUCAAAGCUUGACUACAUCCGCUCAGUCGGAGCCACUGCUAUAUGGCUGUCACCAAUCUUUAAGAGUCCUCAACAUGAUAUGGGUUACGAUAUUUCAGACUAUCGCGACAUCCAUCGCCCUUAUGGUUCCAUUCAAGACGUCGAGGCUCUCAUCAAGGGAUGCCAUGAGCGAGACAUCAAGAUACUACUAGAUCUCGUGGUCAAUCACACCAGCCACGAGCAUGAGUGGUUCCGUGAGUCACGAUCAUCAAAAACGUCCCCAAAGAGGGAUUGGUAUUUCUGGCGUGAUCCCCAGUUCGACGCUGAUGGCAACCGCAAACCUCCCAACAACUGGUCGUCCAUCUUCGGCGGCAGUGCUUGGACAUACGACGAACCCACGGGUCAAUACUACUUGUCACUAUUUCUACCUGAACAGCCCGACUUGAACUGGGCCAACGAAGACAUGCGUCAAGCAACAUAUGCCGACAUGAAGUUCUGGCUCGACAAGGGCGCUGAUGGCUUCCGCAUUGACUCCAUGAACCUCAUGUCCAAGCACCCUGACCUUCCUGACGCGCCCAUCACACGGCCUGACUCAGAGUUCCAGCCAGGAGACAAGUACUUUGCCAGCGGACCCCGUAUGCACGACUACAUCCGAGAAAUACGGGAGGAAGUCAUUGACAAAUACGACUGCAUGACUGUUGGAGAACUCGGCUUCACGAAGGACGAGGCCAGUGUCGCCAGCUACGUGGCCAAGGAACGCCAUGAACUGAACAUGUUGUUCACCGGAGACAUCGUCGACAUGGAUUUCGGUGCCAACCACAAGUACGAAAGAGAUGACUUUCGCCUGUCAAAACUCAAGACAAUCACUAGCCGCUGGCAAGGAGCUAUGCCCAAGUUCGAUGGCUGGAACACGAUCUAUAUGGACAACCACGAUUCAGGUCGUUCUUUGUCACGAUAUGGGUCGGAUCUGCCCCAGUUUCGCAAGGAGGCAGCCAAGAUGUUGGCCAUCUAUCUUAGCACCUUGAGCGGAACAUUAUUUCUUCUUCAAGGACAAGAGAUCGGCAUGGCCAAUGUUCCAGAAUCAUGGAAGAUUGAGGACUACAUUGAUGUCGAAGGACUCAAUUAUUACAAGAGCCAGCUGGAAAAAAGAGGCCCAGGCGCUGACAUGUCUGAUAUCAUGAGGGAGAUGAGACUCAAGGCGCGUGACAAUGGAAGACUACCAAUGCAGUGGACUGCCGACAAGAACGCCGGUUUCUCUGAGGGCGAAAAGCCUUGGAUGCGCGUGAACGACGACUUCGAGGAGUGGAAUGUUGCGCAGCAGGAGAAUGACAGCGACAGUGUGCUGGCUUUCUGGAGACAGGUUCUUGAACUUCGAGAAAAGGAAAAGGAUGUAUUUGUCUACGGACUAUUCACCAACCUACCUGACUAUGAGGAUAGCGAAGAUAUCUUUGCAUACACCAUGACUGGUUUUGAUGGGAGGUCAGCGCUUGUUCUGCUGAACUUCUCGGAUAAGGAACAGAAGGUCGAGGUGAAAAAUGGCUUAUGGGGUAAGAAGUUGAUUGGAAAGAACAAAAAUGAAUUUAGUAAGGAAGGGGUGCUACUUCAGGCUUAUGAAGGUGUGGUAUAUGCGGGUUGGUGA